AUGAACAACCGCCGGUUUACCACAUUGACGCUGUUCCUAUUGGUCGUUGCUACUCUCGCGCACGAAGGCGAAGAAGAACCCAAGAAAAGUGAAGGUGCCACUAUUCCGGGGAUGGAUAUGGACUCAGAAAUGAUGAUGAUGACACCUUACUUCCAUUGGAUGGCCAAUGCCGAUGCACUUUAUUUCAAGUCCUGGGUGCCUCGUACUCCUGGCGCCCUGGCUGGAGCAUGCAUUGGACUUUUCUUCCUCGCCAUAUUCGAAAGAUUCCUUGGCGGGGCCAAAGGCUUGAUAGAGGCUUGGUGGAGACGACAGCAAGCUUCUAGCGCGACACGGGCGUUGGUUACACCUGAUAAUGCUUCGACUCACUCUCACUCGAAAUCAGUUGAGAGCGGCCGAGAUUACCUUAUGGGCUCCAACCCUGCCCCUCUCAUUGCACCCUUCGAGCCGAUGCAAGACCUGGUGCGUGGCGCAAUGCAAGCUGUUCAAAGUCUGAUCGGCUUUUUCCUGAUGCUUUCUGUAAUGACAUACAACGCUGCGUUUUUGGUCAGUGUUAUCCUGGGUUUGGGUAUUGGUGAAGUUGUCUUUGCACGACUUGCUCGAAGCGGUGCUCACCCAGGCUGCGUGGCCGCACGCACCCACGGGUGA